UCUGGAGGUAGCUUAAGUGGUGGAGAAUAUUAAAACUAAGGUUGCUUUGUGAGCUAAAGCUGGUUUUGAUCUGAGAAAGUAUUCCAUUGAGGAUUUUAUAGGUAAUAUCAAUGGAAUAAGGAAACUUAAGAUGGCCAAAGUCUCUCUUUGUUGAACAUUGUCAGUUAUCUUCUUUUUUAGGACCUCUAGUUCAAGAGAUUGUACCAUAUACACUUAAAAGAUUGGAGAUACCUUCCUAGUGGGAUGGCAGAAUUCUUAUGGCAGUCAAUUAUGGUAUAGCAUAAUGCUGAAAUUUAAAUCUUGUGGCAGUGUAAAUGAUAUAAAUUCACUUGUGUUAGAAAUAACAUUACAGGUAAGAUUCAAGUUGGAUAAAGAAUGGGAGAGGGACCAGGUCUUUAAGCAAAUGGGUGGACUCUGGAGAGCUUCCAAGUCAAGAUUAGUGAGCGACGUAAAAAACGCUACAAAUGAGGAAGAAAGGUUGCAACUCCAGCCCGAUAACAUCAAAUUGGUCCAUGAUUGGAAGGAUUUUGUGAAGGAAAAGACUAGUCAAGAGUUUAAGAAAGAAAAAAGUGUGAAUCCCUCUUCCAUAACAAGAUUUGAAGUUUGGACUCGGGGACAUACAAAGAGACAUGGUACCCCUAUCAACUCAAAAGUUGCUGAAACAAUUAAUGAAUUUGAAAAGGUUCAACAGGAUACACCAAAUUCAUCUUCAACAAAUCUAAAAAAAGAUGCUCUUUGAAAAGUACUUGGUCCUGACAAGUGUGGUCAUCUGAGAUGUUUUGGAAAGGGAGUCACACUUUCAAAAUUAGCUAUAUUUUCGCAAGUUAAUAGUGCUACGACGCAACUUGAGAGUUAAAACUUGAGAGGCAAUAUAUUUUCCUCAUUCCUAGAAAUUAAACUUGAGAGUUUCAUUUUGGAAUGAUGGUCAACUGUGGGUUAGACUGAAAACUUGAGAAUCAAUGGUCCAUACUGAUUUUGUUGAAUACCAAAACUUGAGAGUUAUGGCCAGUUCUGCUUCUGUAAUAUACCCAAUUUUGCUUUGGUUCUGGACACUUGAAUAAUGUACGCAGUUGCUGCAUUUUGCUUAACACACUUGGAGCAUACUCAGUCCAGGUUAUGAAGCACAAAAAUCAGCACUUUGGUUCAACAAAAACAUGAAUUUUUUGUUCAAAUCUGGGUUUGAAAUCUGCAGUUUACAGUGCACUUUGGUUGACACAGUUGCUGCAUUUUGCUUGACACACUAGCUGCAUACUCAGUCCAUGUUAUGAAGCAUAAAAAGUAGCACUUUGGUUCAACAAAAUCAUUUAUUUUUGGUUCAAAUCUGGGCUUCAAAUCUGUAGUUUUUAGUGCACUAAAAGUGCACUUUGGCAAACACAGUAAUAUCUAAGCCACGAAAACAAAGGUAAAACACAGUUAAGCUACGAAUUUGGCAAACAGAACCAUGUUCAAAGAAUACUUCGCAUACAUCAUCUGAUAUGGUAGGGAGAAUCUGGUCUUCUCAAUCGGGGUGCUUCUAUUGAUUGCAAGUUUUGAUUCCUAAUUACCUUUCUUUCCCUUGUUCUUUCAAUGUCUUUCUCUACCAUAUAUUUUACUGGUUCUUGCUAGUUCAUUAAACACUACAACAAAUUAUACUUUUGAUAGCUUUGAGUUAUGAGUGGUUAAGUGGAGAUUCCUAUAAAUGCUCUACUAUUAUUAUACCUAGCUAUUAUCCCUUUUCUUUGUUUUGUCAUAAGUUCAUCCACUUUCCAUUUUUCUGCUAAACCUUAAUUGAUAAGAAAAUUCCUUGAUAAAUUGGUAGUUCAAAUGCAACUUAGAGGGUACUGGUGUAACGUGGAUCUGAACAAUGAUGAUAGUAAAUGACUAUAUCCCAAUAGGUUAAUGUGAACUGCUCUCACCCACUAUGUGUAUGUCGACACGCGCACAAAACUUUAACCCAUUUGGUUAAUGGGGAUGAUUAGUGAUACUGGUGUCAUUUAUCUUUUGCACGAGCCUUAUGCUCAUUGUCUGCCACCAUUGAUCAAUAAUGUAUGUGUUUGAAUAGCUAAGUGGCUCGGCUGGUAGUUAAAUGCGUGUGGUUGAAGUUCCAGCUUUUUACAUAGUUUUCUCACAUGAAUAGUUAUGUUCCACAAUCACGCACGGAUUGGUAUAUGUCGUUCGCCAAUUUGUCAUGGUAUGGCUGCUUCUGAGAUUGUUCUUGGUUCUUACUGACAAUUAUCCAUCAUAUUUUUCUUUUUCUAACUGCAAACGUUAUGUUGCUUUAAAGUUGUUUUUCUCGUUAAUAAUUUUUACUAUAUCUAUUGGGUUACUUUGAAUAAUUCUAUAUUUACAGGUAUGUGUUCGCCGUUGGGAGCAAAAGGGUAUAAACUUGGCAAAAAAGUAAGCUUCAAAUAAAGAACAUCUCCGUGGGCGAAGAAUUGGGGUACUUGAAUGAGACAGCUGCCUAGUUUAGGAUUAUAUUUUCUGGAAAGAGAGAUUAUAUUAGUGUUUUUUUUAUGAGUGUAAUUAGCCUGACUCUCAAAUGUAGUUUGUGCUGGAAAAUUAUUCUUCAAGCUAUUGUAAUGAAUCUUCGGUUGAAUUUUUUAUCUUACAUUGAAAUUGUAUCG